AUGAGUCUUCCGAGGACGGGGAGCUUUUCCAUGAAGGCCGCAUAUGAAGAGCUUGGAAUGCCGACAUACCACGGAUUCGUUUAUAUCGAAAGACCGCAAGACCAUCUUCGCUGGUUCGAUGCAGUGCAGGCCAAGUACUACGGAAAGGGUAAGCCCUUUACGACAGAAGACUUCGAUGAUUUGGUUGGAGAAUGGGCUGUUGUCUCAGAUAACCCGGCGAUCGGGUUCGUAGAGGAGCUUCUCCAGACUUAUCCUGAGGUGAGCCCACCGUACCACAAUCCAAAGGAUCGACUGGCUAAUCAGGCUAUCAAGGCGAAAGUUGUACUUGUCUGCCGAGAUCUGGAUAAAUGGUACAAAUCAUAUGACGAAGGUGUCAUCAGGUCUUUCUUCACCUGGAAGAUGUGGGCUGUACUUAAUCUGAUCGAACCUCUCCAAACGCUGAAGCCUGUUACUGUUACAAGGGAUCUGCAAUACGCAAUGUUUCGCUGCAGCAAUCAAACACAAUGGCAAAGAAACGCCAAGUUGAUAUGCCAGGAGUAUUCUGAGAAAAUCCGGGAGCUUGUUCCUAAAGAACGCCUGUUGGAGUACAAGCUUGGCUCGGGAUGGGAGCCAUUGUGCAAGUUCCUCGACAAGGAAAUCCCACACAAGCCUUUUCCACAUCUUAAUGAUGGCAAAGAAUUUGAGCUAUGGAUGCGGGAUUUCCAACAUAGGGAGGUGAAGAGAGAGCUGAUGGCUGCGAUGAGGACCAUGAGGUAUCUGAUCGUACCGGUAGCAGUGUCUGGUAUCGUGCUGGCUUUAACGAGAAUCUGGAGGUUCUGGACAUGA